AUUCGAUCACACACUCUAUUCUGUGGAACGUAGACUAUUAUUUAAAAAAAUAUAUUGGGGCAAAACAUACCCAAAAUGGUAGCUAACUAGCUUGACCUACACCGUUUCAUACUGAUAACAGUUAGCUAGUUCGGGAAAAAUAAAAUACGUUGUAGUCAUAAUAAUUAAAUGGGAACUUAAUGGUACAACUAAUAAAAUGUAUUGGACUUUGCACACUCAUGGUGGGCCUCGGAGGGUGAAUCACGCAGCAGCCCGGGUUGGUGACAAAAUAUACUCCUUUGGGGGUUAUAGUUCAUUGGAAGAAUAUCGACUCUUGGAGCCAAUAUCAGUACAUGUAUUAGACACAGCGAUAUACAAAUGGGCUCCGGUAGACUAUGGCAACUUGAAGGAAGCACCAUUCCAGAGAUAUGGGCACACUUGUGUCGCAUAUGGAGACAAGAUUUAUCUAUGGGGUGGACGUAAUUAUAAUGUACCUUGCGACAUAGUCUAUUGUUUUGAUACUGAGGAACUUAAGUGGAGCACUCCCCUGGUAACAGGCAGAAUACCUAAUGGAAAAGAUGGUCAUUCAGCAUGUAUUGUCAAUAAUAAAAUGUAUAUAUUUGGAGGAUUUGACUAUAUUACUGAUGAAUAUACGAACAACUUGCACUAUUUAAAUCUACAUACUAUGGAAUGGUGUUAUGUGUGUGCUAAAGGGAGUCCACCAGUAGGGAGGGAUUUUCAUACAGCAUUAGCAUAUGGGGAUCGAAUGUACAUUUUUGGAGGCAGAUCGGAAUUAAGUAGGCCACAUAGUAAUGAUCAAGAGUAUUACUGUGAUUUGGUCUAUUAUUUUGAUACUUUAACAGAAACAUGGGUAAAAGUUAAGGCAAGAGGAGUGAAACCAGAUGGAAGACGGAGUCAUUCGAGUUGGAUACAUAAUGAUUUUAUGUACAUUUUUGGUGGGUAUAAUGACAGAAAAAAGACACAUUACAAUGACAUACAUAGAUAUUCAUUGUUAAGUAAUCAUUGGGAAUUUAUUAAUGUUUAUGGCACACCUCCAUGUAAAAGAAGACGUCAGGUGUGUAUUCUGCAUAAGGACAAAUACAGUGACAAAGUAUACCUAUUUGGAGGAACGAGUCCAACAGACCAUGUGCCUGUAGAAACAAAAGAUGAUGAAAGUGAGGAUGAGGAACGAGUUUUGGAUAAAGAUGACCUACAUUUAUUGGAAUACUUACCAUCCCUCAAAGUACUUUGUAUUAUGUACAUAAACAAAAAUAAAAUGAAUACUACAGACCUUCCAAAAGAUUUAUUAGUGGAUAUCCAAAUAAUGACACAGCCCAACAAAAUAAGCAGUCCUAUUGAAGGACUAACAAAUUUGUAAAUGUUAUAACGUUGGAUAAUUCAAAGUCCAAUUAAGUCUCGCAUCCCUGAGGUCGUGGGGUCGAAUCACAGCUGCACCAAAUUUCAGCUGAAGCAUCGACGACGUCAGCACAGAAGAGUGUAAGAAGAUUAUCAAGAAAGAGAUAUAGAAAUCUGCGGUCAAGAGUUGUAGCACUACUGGGUUUUCUGUUUAAGUUUUGACGCUGGUUUUACGAUCUGUCAAUUUUUUUAUUCUGAAUUUUGUCAAUGUUCUGGUUUUUGAAUUUGUAUUAGACCGUGAUCUUAAAUUUAUUAUAAAUCUAGUCUUAAACCUCAAUUAAGGUCUCUUACGCUUUAUUUAAAACAUCGGGGACAAAAAAAUCUUCAUAAUAAAAAAAUAUAUUUUUACCUGAAUUACGUUUAAAAUGGCAAAUUUCUUCAUCAAUUUUAGCGCCUUCUUAAAUCUAAAUCAGUCUCAGACGAAAGAGGACUUUACUUGGAGAAUGCAAUAAGACUGAUGUAUUUAUGUUUUUAAGUAUUUAUCGAAAAUCGUUUGUAAAAUGUGUACAUACAUAAUAGUAUAGUCCGUCAAUAUGGUGGUGGGGCCUUAAACGAAAUCACUUUCUGACAAGUACGACCACUAACGCCAAAAGGAUUUGUGGAACGCCAAAUGGAAAUGGUCACGUGACGAGCCGUUAGCGUUACGUUAUACGAAUGUUUGUAAAGUGAUUUUGAUAAUUAAUAAAAUAAAAUGGUGCGUACAAAGUACUCAUGUCAGAAGUGAAACUUCUUUGUAAAUAUAUUAUUACUGUAGUAAAAGCCCCAACGGCCCAUGUAUUUGUAUAUCUAUAUUAACACUGAUUACUCUGUAUGCUAAUGAUAAUAUAAAUAAAUAAAAAUCUGCGUUUACUGCACAAGACGUUAUGCGAGUUUAAGUUCUAAUAUGUAACUACUAAACUAAUACAUCAACCAAUUGCGUGUAUUUAUUGCCGAUCUUCCUUUCUCUCUCGAUCUUUCAUUCUAUGCUUCAUGCUACGUUUGCCCUUUCUCACUCUCUCUCAAUCGCUCUCUCUCUUUUCUUCAACAGAAAUGUUGCACAUCUUCCUGACGCUAAUACUAUUAAUGCGUUUCAUCCGUAAUCAUUUUACCCUCAUGUGCCUAAAGAAGUUUCACUUCAAAAAUAUUUAGUACGGACAUUACAGUACAUUUUUGUCUCAGAUCUUCGAUUUUCGAGCCCUCGGAAGAUUUUUUAUCACUUUGAAAUUUUAAUUUAUAUAAGUUAGCAUUAAGGUUUAUUUAACAAUGCAAAACAUUUUAAGUCCAUAACUGUUUGAAGAAACAGCCUUAUUAUUUAGAUUUUAAAUGCUUAUCGUAUAUCAACCAUAUACGACUGUGAACUCAGUUUCCGCACUUAGACGCUCAUUAGGUCCGUUGUGGAUAACUAACCCAGCCUAGCUCGAAGCACUAGAAGCACAGAAGCCCCUGGGCACGACGCAGAUUUAACCUCUUUAUCCAUGAGCUAAAAUGGAAAAAUUUCACCGUCCGAGCUCUUCACCCGCCAAGAAGCCCUCAAGUCAAGGCACGUCGCUUGCCAAGCAAGGGCUACUCCUUCGGUAUAGAGCCAGCACGUAGACUGGCAGGCUCGGCGCACUGAACAAGGCAGUACAGAGCUGUUCGCAUCACCAUGGGAUGACGCAAAUAUACCCGGAGUCCCUUGCCACGUCGACGGCCCCACUUCUACAAUCCGAUUCUCUCUAAGUAGCUCACUUACAGGAUACUUCAGCCGAUUGACCAUGGGCAGUCAAUUCACGGCCUCCCGCGAAAGAAGAAAUCCGGACCAAAGAGGCGUGUUGUGUGCAGCGCGCACCUGUAACCGACUUACUACGCUACUCAACCUUCAGGA